AGGAGGAAGAUGGCGGGAGGGCGGCUCUGACGGGGGAACUCGGCGGCGGCGGAGGAGGAGAGAGACGCGCCGCGCUGUGCUGUGCCGUGCAGAGGCGAGCCGAGCCGAGCCGAGCCGAGCCGCGCCGCGCCGGGGCCCAUGUGGGGAGGAGCCGCCGCCGCCGCCGCCGCUAGUGACUGCCGGAACGGAGCAGCAUGAAGUUCGCCGAGCACCUCUCGGCGCACAUCACCCCCGAGUGGAGGAAGCAGUACAUCCAGUAUGAGGCUUUCAAGGACAUGCUGUACUCGGCUCAGGACCAAGCACCUUCUGUAGAAGUUACAGAUGAGGACACAGUAAAGAGAUAUUUUGCCAAGUUUGAAGAAAAAUUUUUUCAAACCUGUGAAAAGGAACUUGCCAAAAUCAACACUUUUUAUUCAGAAAAGCUUGCGGAGGCCCAGCGCCGGUUUGCCACUCUUCAAAAUGAGCUGCAGUCCUCGCUGGAUGCACAGAAGGAGAGCACAGGUGUCACUACGCUGCGGCAGCGCCGAAAGCCAGUCUUCCACCUAUCCCAUGAAGAACGUGUCCAGCAUAGGAACAUCAAAGACCUUAAACUGGCCUUCAGCGAGUUCUACCUCAGUCUUAUCCUGCUGCAAAACUAUCAGAAUCUGAAUUUUACAGGGUUUCGAAAAAUCCUUAAAAAGCAUGACAAGAUUCUGGAAACCUCCCGUGGAGCAGAUUGGCGGGUGGCGCACGUGGAAUUGGCCCCGUUUUAUACAUGCAAGAAAAUCAACCAGCUCAUCUCUGAAACUGAGGCUGUGGUGACCAAUGAACUUGAAGAUGGUGACAGACAAAAGGCUAUGAAGCGCUUACGUGUCCCCCCCUUGGGUGCUGCUCAGCCUGCACCAGCAUGGACUACUUUUAGGGUUGGCCUAUUUUGUGGAAUCUUCCUUGUACUGAACAUUACCCUUGUGCUUGCCGCUGUAUUUAAACUUGAAACCAGUAGAAGCAUAUGGCCCUUGAUACGAAUUUAUCGGGGUGGUUUUCUCCUGAUUGAAUUCCUUUUUCUACUGGGUAUCAACACGUAUGGUUGGAGACAGGCCGGAGUCAACCAUGUGCUCAUCUUUGAACUUAACCCGAGAAGCAAUUUAUCACAUCAGCAUCUCUUUGAGAUUGCUGGAUUCCUGGGGAUUUUGUGGUGCCUGAGCCUUCUGGCCUGCUUCUUUGCUCCGAUCAGUGCCAUCCCCACAUACGUGUACCCACUUGCCCUGUAUGGAUUCAUGGCUUUGUUUCUCAUUAACCCCACCAAAACCUUCUAUUACAAGUCCCGGUUUUGGCUAUUGAAGCUGUUGUUUCGGGUGUUCACAGCCCCCUUCCAUAAGGUAGGCUUUGCUGACUUCUGGCUGGCCGACCAACUCAACAGCCUGUCAGUGAUACUCAUGGACUUGGAAUAUAUGACCUGUUUCUACAGUUUUGAGCUCAAAUGGGAUGAAAAUAGGGGCCUGUUGCCAAAAGAUUCAGAAGAGCCCGAGCUUUGCCACAAGUACUCCUAUGGCAUACGGGCCAUUGUUCAAUGCAUCCCUGCUUGGCUCCGCUUCAUCCAGUGCCUGCGCCGCUACCGGGACACCAGAAGGGCCUUUCCUCAUUUGGUCAACGCCGGCAAAUACUCAACCACUUUCUUCACCGUGACGUUUGGGGCCCUGUACAGCACUCACAAAGAACAAAAGCACUCCGACCAUAUGGUGUUCUUUUACCUGUGGAUCGUCUUCUGCAUCAUCAGCUCUUGUUAUACCCUCAUCUGGGACCUGAAGAUGGACUGGGGUCUUUUUGAUAAGAAUGCUGGAGAAAAUACCUUCCUUCGGGAAGAAAUUGUCUACCCCCAAAAAGCCUAUUACUACUGUGCUAUUCUAGAGGAUGUGAUUCUGCGCUUUGCUUGGACCAUCCAGAUCUCCAUCACCUUCACCAGUACGGUGCCUCAUUCUGGAGACAUCAUCGCUACUGUAUUUGCACCUCUGGAGGUUUUCCGACGAUUUGUGUGGAACUUCUUCCGUCUGGAGAAUGAGCAUCUGAAUAAUUGUGGGGAGUUCCGUGCCGUGCGGGACAUCUCCGUAGCCCCCCUGAAUGCAGACGACCAGACACUCCUAGAGCAGAUGAUGGACCAGGAUGAUGGGGUGCGCAACCGCCAGAAGAACCGGUCCUGGAAGUACAGCCAGAGCAUCUCAUUGCGCCGGCCGCACCUGGCCUCUCUAUCCAAGGUUCGUGACACUAAGGUCCUGAUAGAAGAUACAGACGAUGAAGCCAACACUUGACCUUCAGGCGCCCUCCUGAAAACACCCUCGGUCUUUCCUCCUCAGUGAUCCUCCCUGACCAACGCGACCUCUGAACCUGCCAGCUGGAGGCAGGAACAGACUGACCUGUCCUGCCUCUCCCGAGCUCUUCCGGACUGGAUCCUACCACGGACUCCAAACAGCCUCACGUUUCUUUCCUUUCCUGCUGGUUUCGUUUCCUCUUCCGUGAACCGAAACAGCACUUCCUUCGUUUGCCAACCAGAGGACUUUUUAAGGAGCAGAAAACGUCUCUCUGCGGGGUUGUUUACAAUCACAAGGACACGGACACACACACACACCACAGACAUACACAAACCACACACAUACACACUAAGCAGGGGCCUCUGAAGGGUCAGUCCCAUGCUCUCUCAAUUUCUACUCAGCCUGGUUUUGACUGGUUGAAACCGAACAUAGGAUAAAAAAAUUGGGUGUUUGGGGAUGGUUAUCAGUUUCUGUGGAGAUUUUUUUUUUUUUUUCCUUCAAACCCAGCGCAGAAGCACUGGCCGCACUUGCAGGGAAAGUGCGCCUCAGAGCACACCACCUUUGCUCAUGAAGCUACUUUUUGAUUUGAUAUCACUUUUCAUAUUUGGGGGGAAGUGAGGGGUGGGUUGUUGGGCUGGGUGGGGACUGGGGGGGGAACAUGAUGUCUUUGUUACAUAGAGUUUUCUCCUUAUUUAUGAAAAUUACCCCUAAAAGAAUAUUCUGCCUCCAGAGCCACGGUGGAGCCCAGGAGAAAGGCAAGGUAGUGGUAUUUCUAAGGGCCAGGUCCACCCACCCUUCACUGCGCUGGGCCUAGCCCACACCACAUCCACUCUCUUCUCUUCCUUUUUUAUUUGAAGCCAAAGUUGCAUUUCUGAUUGCAGCUGCUCCUGCUUUGAAGCCACGGCAUGUCUCUCAUGGCCUGCACCAUUGGUGGGUGCCCCAGUGGGCCUGUUGUCCUGGAGCCUUGCCAAGACCCUAGUGUGAACAUCCACGGACCAGCUGACCCACACACAGGUGUCCUGCACCUAUUGGCAGCCAGAAGCCCAAGUUCUGGCAAAGACGCUGCCCCUCACUGGCUGGUUUUUCUUCUUGUUUCGGUUCUUUUAUCUAGAACAUGGUCAACUCCCAAGUCUUGCUUGGGCAAACUAGACUUUGGAGUGCAUGAAGCAUAAGCUGCUUCCUAUUUUUGUAUCCUCUGGCUUACACAGCCCUCCACCGCACCUUCUCCCAGCAGUGUUCCAGAACCAAUGUGGGAUUCCAGGUGCUCCCUUGAUAGGAAACCUGCUAUAAAAAAUGGGGGUCGGAAUAAGUCUAGCCUAACGACCUGGCCCACACCCAGUUCUCUCCCGUGGUCUCAUUUACUUCCCAUGUUCCCGACUCGGACAAAUAAACCCCAGACUCAUAA